CUUUCGUUAUUACCAUUUAGUUCGUGUCGAAUCGUCACAGAGAAUAGACGUGAAAAAUUUCAAUUCCUCCGAAUAUCAAAAACUACCCUACUACUGCCACUGACUAUGAAUAAUAGAUAAUUUUCCACAUAAUUUUUGUGUUGUGUUCUCGGGAAUGUUAUAGAAAAAAGACUACCAAUUAGUUUGAAAUCGAUUAACGGGAUUCGAAGUUUAAAUGUGCACACAAAGUGAAUGGCAAAACUGUUACGUUUUUGUGUGAUUUGGAACUGGUAAAAUUUUUUUGACGAAGUCAAAAAGAAAAGUAGAAAAAAAAGGAAAUUAUCUCUCGGAAGAAAAUGUGACUGAGCAAAAAUGAUGUGAACAGUUUAAAUUUGGUAAAUCAGCAAAUCGAGGUUCGGUGCAAACUGAAAAUAUGAACAGGAAAAAUAAACGAAACAAUUUAUGACGCGUUUUAAAUUGGUCUUAAUUGAAUGCGAAAAGGUUGAGUGCCCGCGCUCAUCAACAUAAACGUAUCACACUCACCAUGUUUGGAUAUUAUUUCAUGCUAUUCUGUUUCGUAUUUCAAUUGCCAAUCGACAGCGUAUGGUCACAGUGUCACUGGCAAUAUAAUCGGACGAAAGUAACAUGUCGCAUCCGGAUGCUGGACAAAUCCGGCUUAGAUUUGCAAGACGCCGAAGGCACAUCGAAAUUAGAUAUUGAAUGUAGUGAACAGUACUCGUUCGAGAGUCAAUUACCGUUGAACGUUUUCAGUAAAUUACCCAUAUUAAGUGAAUUGAGAAUCGAUGGUUGUAAAUUAAUGCAAUUGCCCAGUGGGGCGUUCGAAGGACUUACAGGACUGAAAAAAUUGCGUGUUAAUACACGAAACUCUGAGUGGGGUCCGGGUAAAACUUUAGAAGUGAAAAAUGACUCAUUGGACUAUUUAAAAGAAUUGCAAGUGCUGGACUUAAGUGAAAAUAAUGUGAGAUCACUUCCCGAGCACUCGUUGUGCCCAUUAGUUAGCUUACAGGUGCUAAAUGUAACACAAAAUCGAAUACGGUCAGCGGAGAAUUUAGGAUUCGCCGAAAAGAAUUGUAACGGCGGCGGUGAGCUGCAAACACUGGAUGCUAGCUUCAAUGAGCUUAGAACCAUUAGUGAUAAUUGGGGCAUUUCGAAACUCCGUCGUCUGCAGCAGCUCUAUCUGCAAUUCAACAACAUCACCGACUUGUCCAGAGAUGCAUUUGCCGGCCUAACGUCACUGAGAAUACUCAAUCUAAGUUACAAUCACAUCGAAUCGCUACCAGACAGCCUAUUCGCUGGAGCCAAAGACUUACGUGAAAUUCAUUUACAAAACAAUGAAUUGUUCGAACUACCAAAGGGAUUGUUUCAUCGGUUGGAACAGCUGUUGGUAUUGGAUUUAAGCGGAAAUCAGUUGUCAAGCCAUCACAUUGGCAAUGGUACAUUUUCCGGACUGAUAAGACUGAUUGUUUUAAAUUUAGCACAUAAUGCCCUCACACGUAUCGACACAAACACAUUCAAAGAGCUGUUUUUCCUGCAAAUAUUGGACUUGAGAAACAAUUCCAUCGGAAAUAUUGAAGACAGUGCAUUUUUACCACUCUACAAUUUGCACACAUUGAAUUUAGCUGAAAAUCGAUUGCAUACGCUCGACGACCGUAUAUUCAACGGACUGUAUGUACUGUCGAAGCUGACCAUUAAUAACAAUUUAAUAACGAUCGUUGAACCGAACGUUUUCAAAAAUUGUUCAGAUUUGAAAGAGCUGGACAUGAGCUCCAAUCAAUUGACAUCGGUUCCUGUUGCAUUACAGGAUUUGUCUGUCUUGCGUACAUUGGACCUGGGGGAGAAUCAAAUAUCCAGUUUCGAAAACGGGUCGUUCCGUAAUUUGCAUCAACUGACUGGACUCCGAUUAAUUGAUAAUCACAUCGGAAACAUUACCAAGGGAAUGUUUUGGGAUUUGCCACGGUUGAGUGUGCUCAAUUUGGCAAAAAAUCGAAUUCAAUCCAUCGAACGCGGUGCAUUCGAGAAAAAUUUGGAAAUCGAGGCUAUACGACUGGAUCGCAAUUUCAUUACCGAUAUCAAUGGUGUGUUUGCUGCAUUAGCCACUCUGUUAUGGUUGAAUUUAUCGGAAAAUCAUUUGGUGUGGUUUGAUUACGCGUUCAUACCGAGCAAUUUAAAAUGGUUGGAUAUACACGGCAAUUACAUCGAAGCGCUGGGAAAUUACUACAAAUUGCAAGAGGAAAUUCGAGUUAAAACUUUAGAUGCUAGUCAUAAUCGGAUAACUGAAGUGGGACCAAUGUCCGUACCAAACAGCAUCGAGCUGCUGUUUAUAAACAAUAAUCACAUCAGCACCGUUCAUCCAAACACAUUUGUGGAUAAAGUAAAUUUGGCCCGUGUGGAUUUGUAUGCUAAUGUGAUUUCGAAAUUACAGUUGCAUACAUUACGUGUGGCUCCGGUUGAGGAUGAAGCUCUGUUGCCCGAAUUCUACUUGGGUGGUAAUCCGUUCGAAUGCGACUGUUCAAUGGAGUGGCUACAACGAAUAAAUAAUCUCACUUCUAAACAGCAUCCACGUGUUAUGGACUUGCCGAACAUCGAAUGCAUAAUGCCACAUGCACGUGGUGCACCUGUACGUUCGUUAACCACACUACGUUCAAAGGAUUUCCUGUGCCGCUAUGAAACACACUGCUUUGCAUUGUGCCAUUGUUGUGAUUUCGAUGCAUGCGAUUGCGAAAUGACAUGCCCCACAAAUUGUACAUGCUAUCAUGACCAGACGUGGAGUACUAAUGUGGUCGACUGUGGUGAACAAAAAACUAUUGAUUUACCCAAUCGUAUACCGAUGGACGCUACUGAAGUGUAUUUGGAUGGAAAUGUGAUACCCGAAUUACAAAACCAUGCAUUCAUCGGACGAAAAAAUUUGCGAGUGCUUUUCGUUAACGGCAGCAGCGUGGCGGCUAUACAAAAUCGUACAUUCGCUGGAUUGAGUGCACUUCAGGUAUUAAAUUUGGGCGACAACCGUUUACACACGUUACACGGAUAUGAGUUCGAGCAUCUUUCCCAUCUGAAGGAAUUGUAUUUGCAUAACAAUCAACUGACCCACAUCGGCAAUGAAACGUUGGCUGCGAUGAAAUCAUUGCAAGUUCUACGAAUUGACGGAAAUCGAAUUAGUAUACUGAACGUGUGGCAACUGCAGCCCAAACAUUUCGUGCACUUACGGUCGUUGUCACUUGGUAGAAAUGCAUGGUCUUGUCGAUGCAAAUAUUUGCAAGACUUAACAUCUUUUGUGGCGGACAAUGCUGUGAUUGUACAAGAUCUACAGGAUAUAUAUUGUGUUGAUGGUGCCAUAAAACGUGAACUGGAUUUUAAUGCAACAGCUGCAUGCACCGAUUAUUAUGCUGGUGGUUCCGUAUUGCCGGGAGGUGUUCCAAACAUGUACAUUCCAUUGUUGAUUGCUGUUUUGGGCUUAAUUUUUGUGUUGGUUUUGCUGAUGAUUGUGUUUAUGUUCCGUGAACCUCUACGUGUCUGGUUAUUUUCACAUUAUGGCGUACGAGUAUUUGGGCCACGUUGUGAAGAAUCAGAGAAGCUUUACGAUGCCGUUCUGCUGCAUUCGCCCAAGGAUUCCGAAUUUGUCACCAGAGAAGUCGCUGCUGAAUUGGAAAUGGGCCGCCCACCGUUUCGUCUAUGCAUACAACACAGAGAUCUCAUGCACGAUGCUUCCCAUUUGCAAAUCUUAGAAGCAGCCCGAUCGUCCCGACGAAUCAUUCUGAUUUUGUCACGAAAUUUUCUGCAAACAGAGUGGAGCCGUUUCGAACUUCGCCGUGCACUACACGAAUCGCUACGGGGUCGUCCACACAAACUGGUCGUAAUCGAAGAGCCAGACGCCCUAUUGGAGGCUGAAAAUGAUGUUGAAUUGGUUCCGUAUCUGAAAACCACCACCGUCAAUCGAAUUCGUCGCAACGAUCGCCAUUUCUGGGAGAAGUUAAGAUAUGCAUUGCCAGCCGAACGCCUGUAUCCGGGAAACAACUAUACCAUCGAUCACCAUCACGAACGUGUCAAGCAACCAGCUAGUCCGGGUGUUCUAUUCCGUCAGGCUCCACCUCCGGCCUAUUAUCAAGAUCCGGACGAUACCAAUUAUUCGUCGGCAACGACAGCAACACCGAGUCCCCGCCCAACCAGACGCGGCAUGGUUGAACUACCGCAACGACCACCAUCGGAGCACAUCUAUUCCAGCAUAGAUUCAGAUUAUAGUGGUUUAGAGAAUGCUAAUAUGGUUGUUGGUGUGCAUCGACCGUCAUGGCGUGGUAAUCAUGGUAAUCCGAACAAUCAUACUCAUCAUGGACAACAUGUGCAAGCUUAUUUGGUUUGAAGAAAGGAAAACAAAACAAAAAUUUUAAAUGCAAACAACAACAACAACCACAACAAAAUAACCGCGUAAAUAAAAAUGAAAAUAAUGAAAAAAUGAAAAAAAAAAUUCUUUAUUAAUUCCAGCAAAAAAAAAAAUAUUUAAAAACUUCUAUAUAACUUAUUGUAAAUAUUAAUUUAAAAUUUAUUAAAACAAAAACGGAAUGAACUCUUGGUAAUUUAUGAUGCAAAAGAAAACGAAGUUAAAACAAAACAAACACUCAAGUGCAUAUGAUGGAAAUAAUGAGUUAAUGAUAAGAAAAUGGAAAAUGGGAAAAAAAAUUAUUAUUGUUUUAAAUAAUAACGAAAAAUGUGAAAAAUAAAUGUGAUAUGUACAGUGAAUAUAUAAGAUAUGGAUAUGAUAAAGAUAAA